ACUACACGCGGGAAGUCUGCUACAUUCUGGCUAGUUGUUCAGAAUUCUGAAGAUAUUUGUGGAAAUCAUUUUGUUUCCUUAGAACCGACAAUGAAACAUAAAAAAUUAACGAAAAAAGCAAGCAGUAAUCUAACUCACAUUUAUUUGAAUGACAAAAAUAUCACCCAAAUCACCAUUAUCCACCCUACGAAACGAAUUCUGGUACUCUAUCUGCACAACAAUCAAAUAAGUCGAAUCGAAAAGUUGGAUGCCUUUUUGCAUCUAACGCAUCUGUAUCUGCAAUGGAAUAACAUACGAAAGAUUGAAAAUCUCGACGGCCUUAAACAUCUUAAACAACUUUACCUCGGUUACAAUAAAAUCACUCGGUUGGAAAAUUUAGGAAACCUGAAAAAGUUAGAGCAGAUCCACAUCGAACGGCAACUGUUGGAUGGGACCACGAGGUUCGAAUUUGAUGAAGAAUGCGUAAAAGCGCUAGCGAACCAUCUGAAGGUACUGAACGUGAAGAAAAUGCGACUCACUGAUUUGAGCCCUCUGGAACCACUGUGGAAAUUGGAAGUGCUUCUCGCCUCUGACAAUAAUUUCAAAUCAACGGACGAGAUCACACCAGCCAUUAGCGCACUCUACUCGCUUCGGGUCCUUGAUCUUCAAGGUUGCCUUGCACAAAAAGACAUUCAUUAUCGGGAGAAGGUGACAGCUGCUGCUGGGCAUAGAUUAUUGCUGCUGGACGGCAAAGUAAUUUCACAGUCAACUCGCAAUUUCAUCAAGAACUUUCAAACAAUCAAACAGGAGAAGAAACGUCGCGCAGAGGAAAAGGCUAAAAUGUCCAACAGUUGCAAAUCAUCGUCGGACUGCAAUAGCACUGGCACUGAUUCCGCCGCAAUGUUUCCCGUUGGACGUCACAGCUUUCCGGUGGCUAAUUCAUUGUUUCAGGUAACCUCCAGGAGACCCGUCGUGCCACGUGUAGUGCGUAAACCAGUUUUCCGUUCGACCAUUCUUAUGAAGACAAUGUCGGCUCCCUUCGGAGAAGAGUUGCUCGGCCGGGAGGAGACUAAAACCGUACCUGUUAAAAGUACAAGUGGCGGAGUAAUGUUGCAGGGCAAACUCAUGAAGGCGGAAGUUCCAGUGUUUAAGGAGAAGAUUCGAUUUCAACGAAAGGUUCAGUCCCUUCCGUCCAUCGAGUAACGAGUGGAAAACUGCAUAGAAGGUUUUUUUUGCGUUUGUGGUAGAUCUUGAUUGUCUUGGAUUUAUUUUAAUGUCAAUGAU